ACACACACACACACACUCAGACUGGAGAGUCAGGCGCACUCGCUCCUGCCAGGAAGUUGUUGGUAUUCGGGAAAUAACAAAGACACGAAAAAAGGUGUAUUUGACGCAACGAAACUACACGAGGGGGGUCUGCGUAACGUGUACGGGACCCGGGUAUGAGCUGGAGGAAUAUUAACUAAUGGAGGACUAAUCGAUGGAGGCAGACAGAAGUUUUGGGCUCGUCUGGGUCCUGCUGCUGCUGUUGGGUAUUCCAGACGCUUCAGGGAGAGAAGUAUGUCUUGGGACUGAUAUGAAGUUGGCUUUACCCUCCAGUCUUGAGAAUCAUUAUGAAAUGCUCAGGCUGCUGUACACGGGCUGCCAGGUGGUUCAUGGGAACCUGGAGAUCACACACCUGCAGGGAAGUCCAGAUCUCUCCUUCCUGCAGGGGAUUGUGGAGGUUCAGGGGUAUGUGCUGAUAGCUCACGUCUCAGUGCGUUCAGUUCCUCUGGAAAAUCUACGCAUCAUACGAGGCAGUCAGCUUUAUAACUCCAGCUAUGCUCUCGCUGUACAUAACAACAUCCACCACAGUCAGACGGGACUCGGCUUGAGAGAAAUACGCCUCAGGAGUCUUACAGAAAUCUUGCUUGGCGGGGUUUAUAUUUGGGGAAAUCCUCAACUUUGCUUUCCUCGGAAUAUUAACUGGGAAGACACUGUUACUAAAGUUGAAAACAAACCGCUGCACCUGCAAGACAUCCCAAAGAACUGUCCCCUUUGUUCUUCAGCUUGUCCUUCAAACAGUGGAUGCUGGGGAGAAACAAAUCAGGACUGCCAAACAUUGACCUCAGUGCAAUGCUCAUCUGGCUGUUUGCGCUGUAAGGGUCCGAAACCCAACGACUGCUGUCAUGUGCAGUGUGCUGCUGGGUGCACGGGGCCGAAAGACACUGACUGUCUGGCCUGUCGUCACUUCAAUGACAGUGGGACAUGUAAAGACAACUGCCCCCCACCCAACAUCUAUGACCCAAACACCUUUCAGUCCAAACCCAACAAGGACAAAAAGUUCAGCUUUGGAGCCACAUGUGUUAAACAGUGUCCCCAUAACUAUCUGGCAAUGGAAGUGGCAUGUACAAUGGUCUGUCCCAAAGCUAACAUGGAAGUUAUCACUGAUGAUGUAGAUGGCCAAAAAACACAGAAAUGUGAAAAGUGUGAAGGAGAGUGUCCAAAAGUGUGUUAUGGACUAGGAAUGGGAAACCUUCAAGGGGUGUCAGUGGUGGAUGCCACCAACAUUGGCAUGUUCGUUGGCUGUGAGAAAAUCUACGGCAGUUUGGCUUUUCUUACAGACUCCUUCAAAGUAAAUGCAGCUACCAAUUCAUCUGGACUGCAGUGGAGUGACCUGGAGAAGUUAAAGACAAUAGAAGAAAUCACAGGAUACCUGUACAUAGAUGCAUGGCCAGACAAUUUGCCUGAUCUGAGUGUUUUUGAAAACUUGAAGAUAAUCAGAGGAAGAAUGCUUUACAAGGGUGUUUUCUCUUUGGGAGUUCAGUCUUUGCCGAUCGAGUCUCUCGGCUUGCGUUCCUUGAGCAGUGUCAGUGGAGGCAUAGUACUGAUUCAUAAUAACUCCAGACUGUGCUACACCUCGUCUCUGCCCUGGAACUCGCUGCUCCACCCCACACAGGGACCCAACCUCAUCAGCAACAACAACCAAGACCAGCAAACAUGUGUUUCAGAGGGGAGAGUAUGUGACCCCCUGUGUGCGGAUGCAGGCUGCUGGGGGCCCGGACCUAGUCAGUGUGUGUCGUGUUUGAAUUACAAACGUGGGACGGAGUGUGUGGAGCAGUGUAAUGUCCUACAGGGGUCAGUGCGAGAGUUUGUGGAUGGAUUGAACUGUGUCUCUUGCCAUCCAGAGUGUAAACCAGUCAAUGACUCUGCCUCCUGUACAGGCACAGGUCCAGAACACUGUACGGAGUGUCUGCACUUUCAAGAUGGAGAUGUGUGUGUCGAUCGCUGUCCCAGUGGGGUAAAGGAGGAACAGCACACUGUGUGGAAGUACUUCAACGCUACAGGACACUGUCUGCCCUGCGAGACCAACUGCACUGUCUCGUGUCCAUUGGAUGAUAGGGGGUGCCCCAUCCAAAAGAAAACUGGGCCUGGGACAACAGUCGCAGUCACAGUUGGUGGAGUGCUUCUUUUCAUCAUUUUGCUGGCACUGCUGGUGUUUUACCUGCGACGACAGAAACAACACAAAAGGAAAGAAACCAUGAGGAGAAUUCUACAGGAGCAUGAGCUGGUGGAGCCCCUGACCCCGAGUGGAGCGGUGCCGAACCAGGCUCAGAUGCGUAUUCUCAAGGAGACAGAGCUGAAGAAACUCAGAGUGCUGGGUUCUGGAGCCUUCGGCACGGUCUAUAAGGGUAUCUGGGCUCCAGAUGGGGAGAACAUCAAGAUCCCAGUGGCCAUCAAAGUUUUGCGUGAGAACACCUCACCCAAAGCCAACAAAGAAAUCCUGGAUGAGGCAUAUGUGAUGGCGGGUGUAGCGAGCCCAUAUGUUUGCCGUUUGCUGGGUAUCUGUCUGACAUCAACAGUUCAGCUGGUUACUCAGCUCAUGCCGUACGGGUGCUUGUUGGACUACGUCAGAGAGAACCAGGACCGUAUCGGCUCUCAGUACCUUCUCAACUGGUGUGUACAGAUUGCUAAGGGAAUGAGUUACCUUGAAGAGGUCAGGCUGGUUCACAGAGACCUUGCAGCUAGGAAUGUUUUGGUCAAAAACCCGAACCAUGUGAAGAUCACAGACUUUGGACUUGCCAGACUGCUGGACAUAGAUGAGAAGGAGUACCAUGCUGAUGGGGGAAAGGUGCCGAUCAAAUGGAUGGCACUCGAAUCCAUAUUACACCGGAAGUUUACUCACCAAAGUGACGUAUGGAGCUACGGGGUGACUGUGUGGGAGUUGAUGACUUUUGGCAUGAAGCCAUAUGACCAGAUACCAGCGCGGGAAAUUCCAGACUUACUGGAGGGGGGAGAUAGACUCCCCCAGCCAUUCAACUGUACCGAGGAUGUAUACAUGAUCAUGGUCAAAUGUUGGAUGAUUGAUCCUGAUAGUCGACCACGAUUUAAGGAGCUGGUGGAGGAGUUCAGCCUCAUGGCACGUGAUCCCGCACGUUAUGUAGUCAUUUUGAAUGAUGAUCAGAAGAGUCUUUCAAGUCCUGUUGACAGUGAGUUCUUCCGCACGCUGCUGGCAGAAGAGGGAGGGAAUGUGAAGGAGUUACUGGAUGCAGAAGAAUACCUGGUGCCCCAGCCCGGUGGCAUCUUCAACACACAAGGAGAAAUGAGAGCCAACGGACCUAGCAGACACCACUCUCACCGGAGUACAGAUCAAGGCUUAGAGGUGGAUGGUAUGCCAAACGGGAGGGAUUUGUACUCUUCCCUCAGCACGCUGGGGCAAAGUCCAUACCAAUCUCUUCCUGUGAGGGCAUCAGCCAAUGGCAUGUGGCCUGGUACACAAUACCCAUCUCUGGUACGGAGCAUAUCACACCGCUCAGCCGGAGGCCAAUCAGACUCUGUGUUUGUGGAUGGUUACAUAGAGGACAACGGCCCUCCAUCCAGUCCUUGUCGCUAUUCUAAAGACCCCACCAUUCCCAACGUCACUGAUGGAGAGCUGGAGACUGAUGGUCCUGUCAGUUUCCUUUCACACACACUGCCACGUGGAGCACACACACAACCUGAGUAUGUGAACCAGCACGUGUCAUCUGACCGUCCCAGCACACUUCCACGCAAAGCGAGAGAGAGGAGAUUCCUUAACGGUCUUUAUACAGGGAACAGUGUGGAGAACCCAGAGUACCUGGUGCCAGUGCACGGCAUCUCACCCAUUUCACCCGCCUUUGAUAACCCCUACUAUCAUGAUAUUGCAGCUAAAGCUCAGGCAGUCGCCAGAGCGUCCAUAAACGGAGGUACGACUCACAGGCAGCCCAAUGGCUACAUGACCCCCACAGCAGAAAACCCAGAGUACCUGGGCUUAGCAGAGACAUGGAGUGGUCAGAUGGAGUAUACCUGAGAGGAGUGUAAGCGUGAGCGGUGAAGUGAGGUGCAUGAGCGAGCGAGUGUGUAAAAGACAUAUUUUGUGAAGGACAUUCUCAAUGGGAAUGGGUUAUCAUGGCUUUCUGCUAAAUUACCAUACAAAUGUAUGUAGCAUUCUGUACUGGAGUUGGAAUUUGAAGGUGGAUGCAUUUCUC